GUUUACGCUUCCGUGACUCCUACACAUAUGGAUUAGCAUAGAGCUAAUGUGAAAUGCUGGAGAAAAGCCCAUCCACUUUCUCAGAGAGUAGUGGGACAUGCGGAAGUAUGAGCGGACACGGUGACAGCCUGACCCGGUCAGUUGAGUUUAUGUGUUAGGGUUGUUAUGGUACAUCAAGGAACUCUUUAUCACUGUGUUCUCUCAGAGGGAGCCAAAGUGUGUUCCAUUCAGAGACGGCGACAGACCGCUGAGGGACUGACGGUGGUUUCUCAGCCUGCAGCCUCUCAGUGUGACCGUGGAGCACCAUGUUAGUGAGGAGCAGGCAAGCUCUGCAGAGAGCGUGUCCUGCUCUCAGGGCUGGCGCUGUUUGGUACCAGAGCUCAUCCUCGACCUCCAGGAAUGGUCCCCUGCUGCUCGGGAUCCCUAAGCCCAGAACCCUGCUGCUGGGGAGCCCUCAGCUCAGACCCCUGAGCUGCACACACACACCCCGCAGUACUGCUGCUGCACACACAGGUGCCAGCAGUUUGUCCCUCAGGAGCCACACCUGUGGAGAGCUCAGGCCACAUCAUGUGGGGGGGAGCGUCACUCUGUGUGGCUGGGUCCAGUACCUCAGGCAGGAUCUUUUUGUCAUCCUGCGAGACUUCAGCGGCCUGGCACAAGUCCUCAUCCCUCAGGAAGAAUCUGCGAGUCAUUUGAAAGCAAUGCUGUGUGAUCUCACAACAGAGUCUGUCGUCAAGGUAACAGGCACAGUCAGACGGCGACCAGCGGGGCAGGAGAACAAGGGCAUGCCGACAGGAGAGAUAGAAGUCCUAGCUGAGAGCGUGGAGGUUUUGAAUGUGUGCUGCACGUUGCCUUUUGAAAUUAAAGACUUUGUCAAAAAGUCGGAGGCUUUGCGGAUGAAGUACCGCUACCUGGACCUGAGGUCGUCUCAGAUGCAGAGGAACCUCCGGCUCAGGUCUCAGCUGGUGAUGAGGAUGAGGGAGUUCCUCUGUAAGGAGCAUGGUUUUGUGGAUGUGGAAACUCCCACCUUGUUUAAGAGAACACCAGGGGGAGCCAAAGAGUUUGUGGUUCCGUCCAGAGAGCCGGGCCGCUUCUACUCCCUGCCCCAGAGUCCUCAGCAGUUCAAACAGCUCCUUAUGGUGGCCGGGGUCGACAGGUACUUCCAGGUUGCUCGCUGCUACAGAGAUGAAGGUUCCAGACCAGACCGGCAGCCGGAGUUCACUCAGGUAGACAUAGAAAUGUCUUUUGUGGAGCAGGCAGGCAUCCUGUCACUGGUUGAGGGGCUGUUAGCUCACUCCUGGCCUGCAGAAAAAGGUCCCGUCCAGGUUCCUUUCCAAACCAUGACGUACGAGGAGGCCAUGAGGGACUACGGUGUGGACAAGCCUGACACCAGGUUCUGCAUGAAGUUGAUGGACCUCAGUCCGGUUUUCUCCUCCACUCAAAUAGAGUUCCUCAGAUCAGCUCUCAGCCAACCAGCAGGCUCCGUUCAGGCCAUCUGCGUCCCCAGUGGAGUGAAACUAUUUUCUGCUAAAGAUUUGGAAGAACUGAAACAGACUGCUAAGACUCAGUUUAGACAGGAGCUGAGCGUGGUGCUGGUCCGAGCAGACGGGACACUGAAGUCUCCUCUGAAGAAGCUGCUGUCUGCGUCGGCCACUGAGGAGAUGCUGCAGGGGACCGGAGCCCAACCAGGAGACCUGCUGCUGCUGGCAGCCGGGGCCCUGCACGCUGUGCGCCCCCUGCUGGGUAAACUUCGUCUGCAGUGUGCAGAGCUACUGGAGUCUCGAGGCAUGUCAGUCCGCGACCCCUCAGCAUUCCACUUCCUGUGGGUUGUGGACUUCCCUCUUUUCUUGCCCAAAGAGGAGGAUCCGGAGCAGCUGGAGUCAGCCCAUCACCCAUUUACUGCCCCGCGCCCAGAGGACACGCACCUCCUCUACACAGAGCCACACAAGGUGCGCGGUCAGCACUAUGACCUGGUGUUGAACGGCUGUGAGAUCGGGGGAGGCUCCAUCCGCAUCCACAAGGCCUCAGAGCAGCUUCAUGUCCUGAAAAGUGUCCUCAAGGAGGACCCCAGUCUCCUCUCCCACCUGUUGGAGGCUCUGGACUCAGGAGCACCACCACAUGGAGGCAUUGCUCUGGGUUUGGACCGACUGGUAUCCAUUAUGGUCGGGGCCCACAGCAUCCGUGACGUCAUUGCCUUCCCCAAGUCAUUUCGGGGUCACGACCUGAUGAGCUGUGCCCCUGACUUAGUUUCUGAUGAGGAGCUGCAGUCUUACCACAUCUCUGUCAACUGGCCAGCAGAGCAAGAAGGAGGGGAAGAGGGGAAGUGAGGAGGUACAGAAGGAAGAGAUUAAGAGACAUCAGAAGAGGGGGUGAUGCCCUGCUAGAUCUUUGUAACCUACAAAACAGAGGAAAGAGGGUGAGGACAAGGAGAAAGAGAUCAGCAGGCAGUGUUGGGACUGAAGCCUGUAAAGAACUCUGCAUUCUGGCCGGCAGACAUGAGGAGGAACAGAGAAAAUGCUAACUGUUAUUUUGAAAGAGAAAAAAGGAAUUGGAGUAUCCACAGGAUAAAUGAUGAAACAUAACGGAGAAUAAAACGUAUUGCCAAGUC